AUGACAGAAAUUGGCUUUAGCCUCUGUGGAAGUGGCUUCGCCUCAGGAGCAAUGGACAGUCUUAUCGACCCCUUUUGGACGGAAUCAUCCAGCUUCUUAGAGCCUCCCUUUUGUGAACUCAAGCCUACGUCUCCUGGAUCCACAAAAUCAACAAGUAGCUUGGAUUCCUUGCUCCGAGGGGCAUCAAACACUCCUUCUGAUUCAACUCCACCUCUAUCUCCAUGGAAAAACGAUUCAGAAAGGCGCCUUCUUCCAGCUUCAUCUGAAAGGAAGGGGAACGUCUUUGACGACCCUGUGAACAGCUUGUGGCAAAGUGACGUGACUUGCGAGUGUCCUUUAACAUCAGCAAAAUUAGCACUACUGCCAAUUCUUCCAGACCAAUAUCAAACCAAGAAAACUGCACUUCUCGGUACCGAUUCGCUUCAAGGUUUUGAUGAGACUGAGGCUACUUCCACCUCUGAUGGAUUGGAGGAACAACUUGCCAGUGCCGACAAUGCCUGGACGGCUGCGCUGGAACUGCCAGCUCUCACGGCGGAAGAUGCAGGCCACCUUCUUGCUCAAACACGAAUAUCAAAUGCUCGGACAGGCCGCCUCCCAUACCGACGGACACAGCGGCGACUUCGAAAAAAAGUUUUAAACUCUCUCGAAUUCCGACGAAAUUUUGCACCUUUUACGGACUCUGAGAGCACAGAGACUGGUUCCGAAGGUGAGGAAGAUCAUAGCGAGGGGGCAUCCCCCCAUCGGAACCGCAGUCGCAUGUUCAUUGAGGGACGUGUAGAAGUGGUGGAGGACCUUUGUUCUUCUGCUCUUGAUGACAGUGAUGAAGAGGAUGUUAAUCAACCGCCUGUAAAGAAGGCAGCAAAAUCCUCUCCUCGACCACACACAUCUCUACAUUUGCGGCACACCCAGUCAUCGAAAAUCGAUUACACGGAGCCUUGGUGGCCACAACGGUCAGGUUCGGUGUUCCAACGCCUCUAUUCAAGGGGUCCAGAUGGUGGCAGCGGUAGUGUUGGACGCAGUCGAAGGCAACUAGAGCUGUGGGAGUUCAUUCUGCGCUCGCUAGAUGCGAGGCCAGUCGGCGAGACGGCAUCAGCCUUCAAGUGGGUCAAUCGGUCGGCGGGCGUGUUCCGGGUGACAGAUACACAGAAAGCUGCCAAAGAGUGGGGCCUCUAUCGUGGCAACGAGAGAAUGGACUACGAGAAGAUGGCUCGUGCUAUGCGGUUCUACUAUAAGGAGUGCGUGCUCCGGAAGGCUCGCAAACAGCUGCAUUUUCAAUUUUCCAUGCCAUUCGUCGCGUGGUCGAAGCAACAUCAUUCCUACGAAAGUGUUUUCACCUCAGCGUCGUAA